CAUCGGAACAUUGGGUCGGGUUGGUUUUCCCCGUAACAUCGCGGCGUUCCAGCAACGCUUUACUCUCUUCACCCUUCCUUGCUGGUUAAUAUUGUGUGUUUCACCCCUGACCUCAUGUCACGCAAGAUUCGUCGCGAAUACAUCGACCAGAAUCGGCAUCACCUGGGUGCAGUGUUAGGAGGGUGGUAGUUUGCGACCUGGGGGUGCAAGCUUGUCAAGGAAGAAACGGCAAGGGUGGUCGCGCGCUCCGCUUUUGCGGCUCCGCGAUCCUUCCACCGCAACCCCCUUUUCUCUCUCUCUCUCUCUCUUUCUAUCCCUCUUUCUCUCUCUCUCGGAUUUUUCAGUGCGUCGCUUUCGUUCGGUCUCUCGGUGGUGACUAUGUCGAUGGGUUUUACUUCCACCGAGCGGGAACAUCGUCGCCGUCCCUCGUCUGGCGCGAUUCAACGAAACUUGAAAUUGCUUUGGCACGUCCGAUAAAUCGGCGUUAUCGGGAAACGAUUUUCUCCCGUUACGGAAAAGUUUGAAGAAACACGCCGGACCCGGGGGGGGGUGUCGUCAGAAGGAUAACGAAAAAGGAAGUACAGACGGUGAAUGAUUCCCCGCUAAACUGUUAUACGAACUUCUCUCACUAAUGCCGUUCAAUUUGCCGUGAUGAAAAACAAAAUCGAACGAUACAAAAUAGCGCGCGAUCUUUCAAGUCCAGUGCUUGUGCCGAUAAUCGCCGAUAAAUCGUCAUCGCCUUAAGUGAUCAAUUCAAGAAAGUGCAAAUUUUUCGAGUGCGAUCAGUGAUGGAGCAAAUCAACGGAUAAUUAUCCCAAUUUGCUUCUUGUCUGCAAGUGUUUUCCGGGAAAAUCGCGGAAAAUUAAGUGUUUAAUCAACACAGUUUUAAACCCAAGUUCGAAACCCAAUCGAAAGUUAAACUGUUGACGUUAGGGGAGACCGAGAAUAGCGUUGUCAUCGCCCGGAAAAGGGGGUGGUUGCAUUGUUCGCCCCCCCGAGGAGAUACCGAGAUAAAGAAACUCUUCAAUAAAAACGAGAUCGUCUUUGUGUGAGCGAUAAGACGCACAUAAAUCUUUCGCGAAUAAAACGCAUACGCGAGAGAGGAGAGGAGAGAGAACGGAAAAGUCCAGAACGGAGAUUGCUUUUGUGGAAAAAUCUUCGUGAGAAAAAAAAAAAGAAAAAAAAAGAAUUGCAUUUCCAUCCCUCUCGGAAAUGUUUUAAAUCCAAAACAUUUAUUAAAUAUCAACCCAAUGGGAAACUAUAAGCGAAGUUGUCCUCUUGUGACGCAAUGUAACGAGAAUAAAUAAACUCGCUAAAUUGUUGUUCCGCAACCGGUAUUGAAUGACAAAACAACUUUAUGUACGUAUUUGACAGUCUUUUUUACACGUAGACACAAUUUUCGACGGUAGUUAAGUAAGAGAGUGGAGAGAUCGAAAUCUUGAACGAUCGACAAUCGCGAUUCAAGAAACGCAACAAGGAACUUUUUGUAAGAAUUUUCGAGUUUUCAACAAUCGCGCGUGAUAACGUCUGAACUUUUUAUCAACGACUCCCCAAUAAUCUCCCCAUAAGUGCGUGACCAAAAAGGGUAUAUUCCACGGGAUACCCGUUCGCAAGAGUCGUUUUGGGGUUUUCGAUUUUUGAGAUCGAGAAUCAAACUCAGGAUCUUUUUCCACCUCGUUAAGUUGGCGUCUUCCUCCAAAUCGAUUGCGCGAAAAAGCAGACAAUCGGGGACAAUUGACAGUUUUCUAUUUUUUAUGGAUUGUUUGGAAACGUAAAAAACAAAAAAAAAAAAGAGAGAUACGCAGUUCGAGACUCCGCACCUCGAGAGAUCUCAUCCCAUGUUGGAGAAAUCGUGAACCAGGCGCUUCGUCCCGUCGCGGCGGAUCUCGCUCUUCACGGAUCAUUUGUCGGAUCACAGCGCAAUAUCAAAUUAAAGACAAUAGACUCUCUCAUCUCCGACGCUUGAAAAAAAUUAUCAAAAAAGAUCGGGAAGAUCGGGAUUGCGCGGAUACGAGCGUUAAAAAAACCGGAGCGCGUUUGACUUUGAAGAGUCAUUUCGAAAGAGAUAGCAAUCGACACACGUCAACCUUCCGAUCGAAAAAAAAAAAAACCUCCUCCUUCGCGACGCAUGGUUCAGACCGAAUCGUAACCUCGUCAUCGAAGCCCCUGCCGAAGAUUGAUGCAUCUGGGAAGUGCACAGGUCUCCGAGUGUCGCGGGAUGAACCACCUCGCGUACAUCCGUACUUUCGGCGGUGGUUAAAGGAUAUAUUAUUUCCUCACGUGGUGACGAACGUUAGCGGAGGGCGGUAUGAGACCCGGCACCGGCGCGACGAGGAGGAAGUGAUCGGCGGUGGUGACGGUCGUCGGUGAUCGCGGUCAUGAUGACGUCGUCGAUCCUGGCGUUGCUCGGCUUGAUCCUGGCGACCGCCGGCGCCCAGCUGAGCUCGAGAAUCGUUCGGACUAAAUACGGCGAGCUGUCAGGCGUGAUCGUUACCCUCGAUCGAUACCUCGAAGGCGUGGAAGUGUUCCGCGGUGUGCCAUACGCCUCGCCGCCGAUCGGCUCGUUACGUUUUAUGCCGCCCGUGAGCGGCGCCCUUUGGCACGGCGUGAAGGUCGCCGACAAGUUCGGUCCGGUGUGUCCCCAGAAGCUUCCCGAGCUAAGCAACAAGAUGCCCAAGGGUAGGAUAGAGUACCUCAAGAGACUGCUGCCCUAUCUCAAGAACCAAAGCGAGGACUGCCUGUACCUCAACAUUUACGCACCGGUUCAAGCCGGCUCGAGAGACGGCGGCGGCAAGAGGUAUCCUGUGAUCGUAUUUGUGCACGGAGAGAGUUAUGAGUGGAGCAGCGGAAAUCCUUACGACGGUAGCGUCCUGGCGAGCUACGGAGGGGUUGUCGUCGUCACCAUAAACUAUAGACUCGGCAUCUUAGGCUUUCUAAAUGCCAACACAGACUCGCACUUACGCUCGCCAGCGAAUUACGGCCUGAUGGACCAGAUCGCGGCGUUACAUUGGGUCCAGGAGAACAUCGCUUAUUUCGGCGGUGAUCCUGGUAAUGUUACGCUGGUGGGACACGGUACCGGUGCCGCCUGCGUGAACUUCCUGAUGACCAGUCACGCGGUUCCCGAUGGUUUGCUGUUUCACCGAGGCGUCCUGAUGUCGGGUAGUGCGCUUUCACCCUGGGCGUUGGUGAGAGGCGCCGCCAAUUACGCCAUGCAGGUCGCCAAACACCUAAAUUGUUCAUCGGUGGCCGGAGAUCCUCAGGCGUUGCUCAGAUGUUUGAGGGAUGUGUCUUUGAGCGAAUUGGUAUCGGUGCCCGUUAAGGGAUUGCAGUUCGCGCCGGCUUUCGGUCCGAGCAUAGACGGCGUCGUAAUCGAUCCCGGCGAUCCCGAGGAUCAGGACUACACCUUACAAGUCGACACGAUCAAUACGCUCAACAACAUCCUCCUGCGAAAGGACGUCGUGGCGAAACUGUCGAGGUACGAUCUAAUAGUCGGUGUUGUUCGCACGGAAGCGUAUUUUUCGUUAACCGCGGACGAUGCUCAGUACGGGAUUGAGGCCGACCGUAGGACGAAGAUUCUGCGUGAAUUCGUGCGUAACACGUACACGUAUCACCAACCGGAAAUCCUUGCGACCAUAAUAAACGAAUACACGGACUGGGAGAGACCUGUUCAACAUCCCGUUAAUAUCAGAGAUGAAACUCUAGAGGCCUUGGGUGACGCAAAUACGGUCGCCCCGGCGACGAGAACCGCGGAUCUUCACAGCCAUUCCCAUAGAAACUCCUAUCUCUACGUCUUCGACUAUCAAACGAAAUACGGGGACUAUCCUCAGAGACCCGGUUGCAUUCACGGAGAAGAACUGCCGUAUUUUUUCGGGGCACCUCUGGUGGGUGGUUUGUCGCACUGGACAAAGAACUACACCAAAGCUGAGAUGGCGCUCUCCGAGAGCGUGAUACUUUAUCUGACAAACUUCGCACGUACCGGUAAUCCGAACGAGGGUACUUCCGAUUCGGGAUCUCUCAACUCCAGACCGGAAAGAACCAAGUUGAAGAAUAUCGAUUGGUCCGCCUACGAGGCUGUUCAUAAAAAAUAUCUUAGCAUAGAACUGAAAUCGAAGUUGAAAAAUCACUACAGAGCUCAUCGUCUUUCCUUUUGGCUGAAUUUAGUACCCGACCUGCACAAACCCGGUUCCGACGAUGUUCCUAGAUCGCAUCAUCUUCUCGAUGCCGAACAGGUACCGCCUAGAAUUAUUCAGAGGUUACCGACAACAGCGAGAACUACUACCGUGGAGGUAACUUCUGUAGAAAAAAUUUCGCCCAACGUAUCGACAGCGAUUCCAAGCGAAUUGGCCUUCGAGGACAGCACGGCGCAACCCGAGGACGGCUUCGCGGCUUAUUCAACCGCUUUGAGCGUGACAAUCGCAAUCGGUUGCAGUCUGCUGAUCUUGAACGUGCUCAUUUUCGCCGGAGUGUAUUAUCAGCGCGACAAGAGCAACCAUCAGCAUCAGGGAUGUUCGAAGAAGCGUCAGGAGAACGGUCAGAUGCCGAAUAAUAUUUGCGGCGAGUUGGAGACCAAGACCGCCGAACGGCAUCACAUUCAGCACAUACCGCCCCCGGAAUUCGCCGAUCUCCAGAACAAUACCUGUCACGUGCCUAUGCCGCCACCCCCGCCGAAAAACACAAAACCCAGCAAACCUGGUCAGAAUCUCAUCAUAAGUCCCAAUCAGCUCCAGCAGGAAAGCCUGGCUAUGAGCGGCACGGGAACUCUGAAGAAGGGACACAAUCAUCCUCAGGUCAUGGAAGAGCUGAGGGUCUGACUUUAGGAGAGCGCGUGGCCAUCGAAUUAGAAGAUGGCCACGAUCGAGUUAGGAUUCUAAAACCCGUGAGAAGAAGCCAACGUCAAAACAGAAAUCAACUUCUCCGUUAUAUUAUCAUCCGAACCGGAUCAUGGAUGUCAUCGCCAACACCACAAAGAAAGAAAGCUCACAAUUACCCUUCGAUUAUGCAAGAGCGUUUACACUCUUUGUUGUAUAGAAGGUUCACACACGACUGUUCGCAUUCCAAGUGAACUUGGUCGUGAAAAUAAAUUUAGGCUCGCGCUGAGUGUCGGGAAAUCAUUUCGACGAUUAAAAAUUUUUCAUUGUUGCGACGACUCAUUCGUCUUCAUCUUUGAAUCACGAACAAAAGUGAAAUACAGACUCUAGUGGAAAUUAACAAAAAAACAAAUCUUUUAAACAGAAUUAGAUUCCUGAAAAUUAUCGUCGAGCGUCAGAAAAUUUCUCCCAACGUUUUAUAGAAUUAACUUAACACACGAACGGCGCAAAGAAAGAAUAGGAUUUUCGAAAUUCGAGCGAAAAUAAGGAAUUGUGUGCCUUGUGCACGUUGACACUCGACGGUGAACGAAUGAGAGACAACUCUUCGAAGUUUUCGACGACGACGACGACGUUGUCACAUCGACAGGAAGUGAUAAAGAACAAUGAGCAAAAAAAAGGACAUCUAAUAUUACUCGAAAACUACGUGUUAGUGCAGGGGCGUAGCUUGAGAAUUAAUCCCGAAUUGAAUUGACAGCUGAAUUGCUAGCACACGUUUUUACACAACAAUUUAUUAAGGAGAAACAAAUCUUUGGAUUUGAUCCGUUUUCAGAAAACCGUUGCUUCCCUGUUCGCUACGCCCCUGUGUGUUAGUGGCAACACCAUACUGUUAUCGUUUUCUACCUUUCGAAUUUGCGACCAACUGCCGAAAAUCAUAUUUAGUCUUUGAUAAAUAGCCGAAUUUGCAUUAUUUUACACACAUACAUCUCUGGACAACAUUGAUUUUUACUACUCCACAAUUUGCACAAUUUACUUUCAGUUAACUUUUUUUUUUUUUAUUUUUGUUACUCGUUUUCAGUUUUUUUAUUACUUGUUUUCUUGUUGU